GAAUCAGGUAACUUUAAGAGUCUGUGAUUCUGUGGUACGAUUAUUUGUUCUUAUUCUCUCUUGCCGGUAGUGUACUUCAGAGCCGAGAACUCUUUCUCCUCUCCGACUUGCUGCGACCUCUUAUUCCCUGAGAUCGUCUUUUUAUAACAUAUUAUCCUUCAAUCAUUUUUUAAGUUAAUAUCUUAUUUUUGUACAUAAGGUUGCCUCUCAGAUUAAAAAAAAAAGGGUUGCCUCUCGGAUAUCUUUUUUAAUAAAAAUAUUUGAAUUUUCAGAAAUGGCUUUAAAAUUUUGAAAAGCUAAAAUAACUUUCAAAAUUUUCACUAAUUUGAAUAAGAAGUAAGUUCCAAAUGGUACUUCAGCUAUGAAUUAACUUCUAAACGCGGUAAAAAAAACAAUCAACUUCUAAACAAGUAUUUUAGAUAAAGUUGUUUUUAAAAAAAUUAAAUAAAAAAUAUUACUUCUUCUUGUUUCCGUUAAACUAAACUAAACAUCCUUGCGAAUUAUUUGAAAGAAGUUAAAAAUACAAGAUAAAAUUCGGGACAUGUCACGAAAUGAAUAUGUCUAUUUAUUAAUAGGCUUAUCCUGUUAUCCAUUCAGACACAAAAAAAACAUAUGACAAACACUCUGCCACUUCACCAGACAGAAUCUAAAACCAACCAAUGAAAACGCGUAUCUACAGAUAACUCCUUUCUAUGGAGUUUGCUCCCAGAGCCACUCAUUGCUCUAUCUCAUUCUCUCGCUCACUCAUAAAACUCACAAGUCACACAAACCUCAAUACCAAAGGAUAACACACACGAAAAAAACUUUCACUAAGAUAAACCAAGAAUCUUCAUCAUGGCUUCAGUAACCUCAGCCACCGUCGCAAUCCCAUCGUUCACCGGCCUAAAAUCCACCAUCUCCAAACCCUCCGCCGUCGUCAGACUCCCCACCACAACAUCACGGAACCUCACCGUGAAGUCAUCUCUAAAGGACUUCGGAGUCGCUGUCGUUGCGGCUGCAGCUUCCAUCGCUUUGGCUGGAAACGCUAUGGCCAUUGAUGUUCUCUUGGGAUCAGGAGAUGGAGCGUUGGCUUUCGUUCCCAACGAGUUCACAAUAGCGAAAGGAGAGAAGAUUGUGUUCAAGAACAACGCUGGAUUCCCACACAACGUUGUGUUCGAUGAGGACGAGAUCCCAAGUGGUGUUGAAGCGAGCAAGAUCUCCAUGGACGAGCAAGAUCUACUCAACGCUGCUGGAGAGACGUACGAGGUUGCUUUGACUGAGCCUGGGACUUACAGCUUCUACUGUGCGCCGCAUCAGGGUGCUGGUAUGGUCGGUAAAGUCACCGUUAACUAAUAAAAUUGUGAGUGUAAAAGCGGAAGAGUGUCUCUGAUCCGAGUAGAGGCUUUUCUUUCAGUCUUGCUUACAUAAGGUGUUUUGUACUUCUAAAGAGUGUUGGAAUCAAAUGGACAUUGAUUUGUUAUAAUGAGAGUACUGGUUCCAUCCAUGAAUGGUUUGUCUUGGUUUAUAAAUUACUUGUAGAUUUAUGUCUGGCUCUGAAGCUUUUUAAGAUUAUGAUAAACUAAGUUGGAAAAA